AUGUCUAUGAAAAUUCAAAACGAGUUAGUCGAAAUUAUCUCAAACAAAGUAUCCAAAGAAUGCUAAAUUCAAAAAGUAUCAAUUAAGGAAUUGAUCAAGUUAAUGUUCAGCUAGAAAAAACACUUCAAAAAUUUUGAGUACUUAAGCAGUGGCGCUUAUGCUCUUGUCUUAAAGGCUUAGAACUCUUAACAAAAUCGCUAAGUAGCUCUCAAAUUCUUAGGGAGUUCCAACAAAGAGGACAAAGAUGGUAUCGAAUCUAUGAAAAAGGAGUAUGAAAUGCUUCAAAAGUUUAGCAAUUCAGAAUGUUUAGUAAAUGUCUAUGAUUGCUUCUAUUUAAUGGAAGAAUAUGAUGAUGAAGAUGAUGAUGGAAACAAAAUUAUCGUUUAAACUGAAAACAAAUCUUUCUUUGUAAUGGAAAUGGAGCUUUGCGAAAAUAAUCUCAAAUAACUCUUUGAUUCCCUCAGAAAAUAAUAAGUUCCACCUCCCAAAGAAAUGAAGGAAAUAAUAGCCAUUUAAAUGAUAGAAGGGUUGAAUAACCUUCAUGUCAAAAAUAUUAUGCACAGGGAUAUUAAACCUUAAAAUUUCCUUGUUUGCGCCUCUAAGGAAUAUGGUUUCUCAAUCAAACUUUGUGAUCUUGGCUUUGCAUCAGCUGUGUCUAAAUCAAAAAGCUUCAUGUCUAAGAAAGGAACUGAUGCAUAUUUUGCUCCAGAAGUGGAAGCAGGACAAUCUAGAAUUCAGGUUUUUAAUAAUAGUGUUAUAUUAUUUUUUAAAGUUUAUUUACAUUAAAUAGUCAGAUCUCUUUUCACUAGGACUCAUUUUAUUAGAGCUUGA